GGUCAAAGUAACAACGUGCCAGCAACGUAUUUUAUCAUCAGCUUGAUUAGUGGAUGUUCCCCUCCAAGACUUCAGUGCUGCUGGCGGGUUAAAUCCUAACAAAAACAAUCUAGUCGCUCCCACUGGUGUCACGACCGUCCUGUCAAUGCCAAGAAAUGAGAGUAAACCGGAAGUCCCCGAAACGGAAGAUCAGUCGAAAGCAGCGUAUAACGGGAGUUUUGAGGUCCACGAAGAAGAAAUAGUAAUUGUCGUUCUGGUCCUUGUGGUUUGGGUGGCUGUCAUUCUCCUGUUUUUCAACAAGUGGGGUAAGAUACGAAUGCUAGAGCCCUACCAACCAGAAUACAGAAGCCCACCCUACAACUCCACCAUCCCCAAACCUCCACGGAUGAACAUGCCAGAGACGCUUACUUCGUCCUUCUUCGAGCGAGAACUUCCGUGGAUGAGUUCCAUGCCCGGAUAUUCGACGCAGCGGUCCAGGCCAAGACAGAAUUCGGUGUUCGUGGGCAAUCAGUAUAAUCGGUCCUCUCUGUUUGUCGAACAAGGCAUUCCACGCAAGGUCAAAAGCGCAGAAGAUAUCAAAUCUCUUGUUGUACAAAUAAGUGACCAGCGUUUACGCACCACAGUUCUCUAGGUCCUGGGGAGGUUAAUUGGCCACCCCCCUCUGGACUGUAAAACGAAGGCUAGCAACUUUGUUACCGCUUUGAUAUUUACAUUUAGGAACGACCAUUGAGUGGUUAAGAAGGGUGAAAGGAACUGAACGUAAUUAUCAAGUAAUUCGAGAACCAACUGAAGUAAAAUAUAAUAUCAUCUUCUUGCGCGGAGGAGUGACCACACAAACACUUGAACACGGGUGACCUCUAUAAGGUUUCUUAUCUCUUCAUUACCCCUAGUAGCUAACGCUUAAUCAUUGGAUGCAAGUCUGUGCGUUCCCCCUUAUCGUCUAUAUCUGUAACUGAAAACCUUUCAGCAAGACACGAACAGUGCCACCAAUAAUAACCGACAUUUACUUACCUUCAGCAUUAAGAUCAAACACACACACACACACACACCACUUAACCUAUAACAACUUAUCGUUUGAGGCCGCAGUUAAAUACGUCGUAACACCUAGCAAGUAGUUCAUCUUUAUGAUUCAAAAACAAAAUUCUGCGAUUUUACAGAUAAUUGGCGGCUAGAACGAGACAAACUUGAGCUAUAACUUUUAGAGAGUGCCAAGAACGAUCAGCACUUUGAAGAAGAGGGUAUUUAUUUUUAUGAGGUUACUUAGAUGAGCAAUCCUAUAUUUUGUCUAGAAAAUAACAAGUAAGUUAUAUAUAAACAUCUAUAUCAUAUAACGUCGUUCUUCAGAAAUAUCUAUAGCCGUUUACUCUCAACUCUAGGCGAUCUAUGUUCGUGUGUUUGUACUACUCACAGCUCUCUCUCUCUCAGUUAGACGUAGAUUGUAAGCUGUCUUUGAUGUUUGCCAGUGCGUUUUUAUUGGUGUAUACACAUACACACGACAACGUGGUUGUAUGGUCUGUAACUCGUUCCUUAAGUGUUUCUACGUGUAGUGCAGACGCCAAUCAUUUUCCUGGCUGACAUUUUUUUAAUGUGGCAACAGAUCGUGUUAACUUUGUAUUUGGGUACUUCGAGGGAUGAGAAAGAAGCAGGCCUUAUGUAGCCCUUAUUUUUUUACCAGUUCGUUUAAUUGUUCAGUUUGGAAAGUCUCCCGGUGGGACGGACAGCGGUAAGUCUUUGGGUUUACAACGCUAGAAUCAGGGGUUCGAUUCCCCUCGGUGGACAUAGCAGAUAGCUCGAUGUGGCUUUGCUAUAAGAAAACACACACACAGUUUGGGAAACAUUCUGGUUUCAUUCGAGAGUCCUUUCUGUAUAUUCAGUUGAGAUGAUUCCGUUCAUUGGUCGAAUAAUUCGUUUUUUGUUUAGAAAAUGACUGAUCAUUCUUACCAGCUAGUAGCCAUCCCGUUAUCUAACUACUGUAACGAGUUAAAAAUAAGCUGAAUCAAAACAGUUUAGAUGUGUCAAUAUUUCACGCUAUCUUGGAAAGAAGAAUUAUGGAUAUCUGAAAAAUACCAGAUUGGAUGUAUUGGAACAAUACAUCUGAAAAAUACCAGAUUGGACGUAUUGGAACAAUAUAUCUGAAAAAUACCAGAUUGGACGUAUUGGAACAAUAUAUCUGAAUAAAUACCUGAUUGGACGUAUUGGAACAAUGUAUCUGAAAAAUACCCGAUUGGACGUAUUGGAACAAUGUAUCUGAAAAAUACCAGAUUGGACGUAUUGGAACAAUAUAUCUGAAAAAUACCAGAUUGGACGUAUUGGAACAAUACAUCUGAAAAAUACCAGAUUCGACGUAUUGGAACAAUGUAUCUGAAAAAUACCAGACUGGACGUAUUGGAACAAUAUAUCUGAAAAAUACCAGAUUGGACGUAUUG